AUGCCAUCUCGUGGUGCUUCCCUCAUGGCAUUUAAUAACUCCAAUGGAGUUAAGGUGCUUGCCAGUGGUGACUCGGAUGAUGACGACUGGGUUACUGAGGAGGAGGAGGAGUUGGAAAAAGGUAACAGGAGGACAGCAAGGUCCAAAGGUAUGAGUAGUCGUAGGAAGAGGGUUAAAGAUAGUAGAAGGAAACAGCAAGAUGGUGAUGGUGAUGCCCAGAAGGAAGCUGAGAUGUUCAUUCACCUCAUGUCUGCUAUGCUUGAAGCUCAGCAGGAUAGGCAGCAACAGCAGUCUAAGAGAAUGGGACGAGUAUCUGAGGUGGGUGGUGGUGGUGGCUCAUCGACAACCUCCAAUAACAUGAGAUCUUCUACUGAUGAUUACCCUACUUGGGAUGACUCUUUUAUGAUGGAUGAUCCUUUUGAUGAUGACUAUGAUCCAUUCGAGGAUGAAAUACUAUUCGAUGAUGAUAGUGACGAGAAGGAGGAAGAGGAAGGGAGAUCUCCCAGGGACUUGGUGCAUUGGCCUACAAUGUGGCGACUACUUGCUGGAGGCAUUUCCUUUCAUGGUCAUUCUAAUGACAUAACUAAGGCUAUGGAAGGGCUCCUUAUCAGAGGGGAGUUGGCGAUGCAGACGUAUCAGCUUGGAUCAAGAGCAGCAGCGGUGAAUAUCAGGGAUCAGCUCUUGGAGGGGUUUGUAUUGCUAGUAGCUACAUUGAUCAUUGUUAGCAUUCAUAGGUUCCCUGGUGAUAGUAUCAAAGAAGCUGGUAUGAUGUCGGACUAUCUCUUUAAACGAUUCACUGGUACAUGUGAGGUCCUUGAUAUGAUGCCACAAUUGCUAGGGCUACUCAAACAAGCUAGAGAUGAAAAGAAGACGAAGGGUGCAAGAAGUGGUCAGCGUGAUGAUAGAGUCAUCACCGAGGUAGAUUUAGGAGCAUUUCUUCGUCUUGCUCUGGUACCGUUACAGCUGGGAGUGGUCCUCAUGGCCUCUCUAGCAUUGGCCCUUCUUGUAUUCGUAGUUGAUACGAUCACACAAAGGAUCAUUGUAACUCAGGAGCACCGCAAUGAAGGAUCGACGACUAUCGCAUAUUUCUUCCAUCCUGAUUGUGCCUCCGGUGGUGGGGGAGAGAGAGUCCUAUGGGCAGCUAUUCUCGGUCUUCUUAGAGCUAAUAAAGAAGGGACUAUAGUGAUAUAUACAGAUGAGAAAAGCAGUGUCAAUAGGGUACUCCGUGGUGUGUCCGAUCGUUUCGGCAUCCGGUUACCCUCUGGAUCAUCGAAGCGUAUCAGAUUUGUCCACGUGCGAUUCACUCGACUACUUCGCGUGGAGCCAUGGCCUACCCUUACAGUCAUUGGUCAGUCAUUGGGUGCUGCUUUGGUCGCAAUGACAGGUUUUGUCAACGAGAAACCGAAGCGCAUAUUCGUGGAUACCGUUGGCCAGGCCUUCAUAUUCCCUUUUGUCCGGCUCGCAUGUGGUUCAGAUGUCCGGAUUGCCGCUUAUGUUCAUUAUCCCACGAUGAGCUAUGACAUGCUUGCCCGAGUCACUAGCGGAACUGCAAUGUACAAUAACUCCUCCGCUGUGGCGUCAUCGCCUCUUCUAACAAAACUGAAGUCCUUCUAUUAUCGGGCAUUCCUCAAGGUUUAUGGAUUCGCCGGCCGUUUCGCUGAUGUUGUGCUCACCAACUCGACAUGGACUGAUUCUCGCAUAAAAGCAAUCUGGCAAGUGCCAACGACUGUUAUAUACCCUCCAGCUGACCUUAGACGAGGUAGCGGAGAGGGCCCUAGACGUGGGUCGGAUCUGAGACCCAACCUAGUCGUAUCCUUGAGCCAGUUCAGACGGGAAAAGAACCAAUCACUUCAACUGGAAACAUUUGCAAAGGUAUUGGCACGAGUUCCUUCGGCUAGAAUGACUAUGAUGGGUGCUGUACGACCAAAUGUUAUUGAUGACCAGAUUUUGUUGCAAGAGUUGAAAAGCAAGGCUGUGAAACUCGGCAUCGAGGAUAAUGUAGCAUUCAAGCUUAAUGCUCCGUGGCCAGAGGUCCUCGCCGAACUGAACCGAGCACGAGUUGCGAUACAUACGAUGAAGGAUGAGCAUUUCGGGAUUGCUCUGCUCGAGUUCAUGUCAGCUGGAUGUGUCGUGGUGGCGAACAAUUCGGGAGGCCCGAGAGAUGACAUUAUUGGAACGGGCACUGAUGCUGUUGGCUUCCUGUCUGACGAUUCUGAGGACUAUGCAGCUUCUAUUGUGGAGGUCUUGACUGGAUGGUCCAGUCAGAAAAUAACGUCCCUGAGAGACAAGGCUGCGAAGAAGCUAGAUUCAUUCAAUAAUGAUGCUGAGUUUGGUGAUGUUUUUGCAUCCAAGUUGAGCGGGAUUAUGAACUGA